GGUCGCCGCGGGCUCAGAGAUCACUAGUGCGCCGUGAUCGCGCUAGGAACAACGUAGUUUUUAUCCAAAAUGAAAAUCGUGCUGGUUUUAUUGGUUUGUUUGGCGGCAAGCCGGGCCGACGACUUCGGACAAGCCGCGGGCCAGAUUUUCAACAGCAUCUUGCCCAAUCUGAUCAGCAACUCUGUGACUGGUCAACAAGGAAACACUGCUACCAACACUCUUCAGCAGAUAGGAACAGUAGUUGGCGGUGUCGUCGAUUAUGCCAAGAAGAAGAGCUACGAGGAUCUGCUGCGUCAGGUGCAGGACUCCACCACAGAUGAAGAUAUCCUGAGAGUGAGCGAGGAAAUGUUCAAUGCGGACAUCAACAACGCUUUGCCAUACAUCCAAGUAAAUUUGCAAGGCCAAACCAGCGCUCUGUCGAAGGACGACAAAGCACCGUCAAACCUCCUGAGCGUGCCUGAGAAUGUGUGGAAUGGUCCAACAAUCAGGCCUUUUGCUGCCCUCUUCGACAACUACCACAAAAACGUGAUAAGGCCAGAAUUUGUCACACCUAAUGAGGAAACGGAACAAGUCACUUUUAUAAACACAAUCCUCGCGACCGGGCCAGUCAGGAGCCUAAUGAACUUUUUGGUCAGCAAAGGUUUGACUCAGAUGAAUGAAUACAAUGAGCAAGUGCAACUGCUGAAAAAGAUCUGGUUCACAAAGUACGCGCGCCACUGGACCGGCCUCUGCAAGUGCAGCUGUGCCUUCGAGAACAUUUUCAUGGCAGAACUUAAGUCCAACGACGUGCUUGGACUCCACAGUUGGCUGUUCUUCGCCAAGCGUGAACAAGAUCGCAAAGCCAAUUACUUGGGCUACAUAGACAAACUGGAUCUCUCUGGGAAAGGAAUGAUUCUGAAGCAGCACUCCGUUUUGAGUGACACUAAGGACGCCCCGGAGGUGACGAUGUUCGUGGGCACAUCCCCCGAGUUGGAGCUGUCCCUGUAUACUCUGUGCUUCAUGGCGCGCCCCGACCGGCCCUGCAGGCUGCGCUACAACAACGUCAACUUCUCCAUACAAACCAAGACCUUGAAGUCGGAGAACGUACUCCUAAUCGACACCGCCUACCCCUUCUACUAACAUACCAAACUAUACGUAUACCUCAGCAUAUACUCAAUACAUGAUAUUUAUACACCUAAUUUUAAAAGCAAUGUGUAAAUAAACUCUUAGCUCUCUUGAUUUUUACUUCAAUAGAUAUAAAUAAAUGAUCCAAAAUUAUGAGCUAUGACUUUAUGUACUAAAACAAAGAUAAUGCCAGAAACGAGCAAGUUAUCAGAGGCCGAUCCGCGGGUCGUGCUCUCACGAUAAGCAUGUAAUUAAACACGAAUUUCGCAAUAACUUAUUACAAGUAUUGAUAACGUGUAUGAUAAUAAAACCAAUUCAAUGUAAA